UCCUGAUGGAAAGAAACGAUGGCUGGACUGAGUGUGACAGAGCUGUGCGAGAUUGAUGACCUUACCACAAAAUUGGUCCUGGACCCUCUGCUGGGCCUCUGCACCCAUAAAAUGGAUCCUAGUCCUUUACCAGAGAUACAGUGUUGGGAUAAUCUCAAAGAGACCCUGGUGCGAUUUCAGAGUACACAUGAUUUUAACACAACAUUCAAGGCGCUGACGGCGGAUGGACUGGCUGGGGACUAUUUUAAUUCUAUGGAAAGCCAUCGUCAGGAGCUAAUGAGGCAACAUGUCUAUCGCUAUCUCAGUGCCUUCCUGUUAGACAGUGGUGUCAAAAUAUAGUCAUGUGAUAGAUACUCUUCAGAGAUCAAUGGGGCAAAGGUAAUCUCUACAAGGCACUGUUUGGAGGACAGCGUGGCCAAGUUAACUCCUGCUCAUAGUGCUUUGCUGAGGGCAGGAGUCAAUGACUUCAGUGUGAUGUAUUCUACUCGCAAAUGCUGUGCUCAGCUGUGGCUUGGGCCUGCAAAUUUUAUCAAUCAUGACUGCAAACCAAACUGCAAGUACCUCAGUGGCGAGAAAAAUAUUGCUUAUAUUGAAGUGAUUAGACCAAUCUCACCUGGGGAGGAGAUCACAUGCUACUAUGGAGCCAACUUUUUUGGGGAUGGAAAUAUGAUAUGUGAAUGUGUCACCUGUGAGAGGAACGGAGAGGGCUACUUCAGACACAGAGGGAAGCAGCUUCAUUCUGAACAACCACAGGACCCUAAGAGGGAGGGAGGAAGUACAGAGAUCUGCACAGAUGAAGGUAUUGCAGGUGUUCCACAUUACCUGGUUGCCAAGAUGAGUGGCAAACUGGGUGGGAUGUGUUUUGGAAGCUUUGUGAACUUGAAGCAACACCUUAUAGUGUCCCACACUAUUCCCAAUAAACAGGAGCUUCAGCUUCUUAUGAGAUAUGGGAAUGCACGAACUUCAGGAAAGUUGGACAGCAACAUAUGUUCGAAGAAAGAGCUUAUCCGCCUUGAUAAGCAUUUAAUAGACACACAGGAUUUAUUCAGCAGAUGGAUUACCACGCAGGGUGCCAACCUGCUCAUCAGGGAGAAACUAACCAUUCACAUGCAUUCACACACCGCAGCAGCGGAAGCAAUUUUGGGAGUGAGAACCAAUCAUGAAGAAGGCCAAGAGAGCAGUCAUAGUGAAAGAGAUUGCUGCACUGAGGGAGUCCAACCCUGAUGUGCCUAUUGUAUCCACGUUAGACAUGGGGAUUACCAAUCAAUACGAGGAUUUUGUUCCACCUAUUGGAGACCUGUCUAAAGAGCCCACUGAUGAGGAACUGAGGUAGGAGCAAGAGGAGUCCCAGAAGGACGACAAUGAUCUUUACCUUUGUCUUAAGACAACUGACAGUUCAUCCUCUAAUGAUUGUCCUUCCACUGGCAUCGAUUCCACCCCUAUACCUCUUGGUCAAGACGCAUCCUCCUCCAGUGACCUUCAACAAGCUCCCAGUCAGCCACUUCCUUCCACCCCUGAUCCUGGGUCUUCAAGCUCUUCAUUCAGCAACAUUUCUAUGACUCAGAUUCCCCAACCCCAUUCCACCCUUCAGCAUGGGUCCAUGAGUCCAGUGUUGUGUGAGAGUGGGAGUUCUCCAUUCAACCUACCACGGCACUUGAGUGGCCAGACUGUACACUCAACUGAUUCACUGUCAAAAACAUGUGCAUACAACUGUGAGCAUGUUUUUUCUAGGCUGCAGCACAUGGAACAUACUCAAGAUGCAGUCACAGGCAGCCACCCCCAAAAGUACACCGCAUAAAGCACCUCGAUCGUCCCCAAUUGGGUCCUACCACCUCCACACCCGUUACACAAAGAGCUCUAUUACAUAUGUCAGCACCAGCUAGGUGGCGCCCUUCUGGAGCAAACUCUCCACCAGAAUCAUCUCAAAGCCAUCCAUUACAUGAGUGCAAUA